UUCUCCUCACUCCUGCCCUCUACAUCAGGACCUUCCCCGUGCCUGGUGCUCCUCAGGGCUUGUGUGGAGAGAUGGGUCUGGCUGGCCGCCCGAGUUUCCCACUGGAUCAGCUCAUAUAUCUCUUGGAAAAGCAUCUCAAAUGUGAUUUUCUGCUACCAGUCUUUGCUAGAAUGUAUGACAACAUGUCCACAAUGGUGUACAUAAAGGAAGACAAGUUGGAGAAGCUUACGCAGGAUGAAAUUAUUUCUAAGACAAAGCAAGUAAUUCAGGGCCUGGAGGCUCUGAAGAAUGAGCACAAUUCCAUUUUACAAAGUUUACUGGAGACACUGAAGUGUUUGAAGAAAGAUGACGAAAGUAAUCUGGUGGAAGAGAAAUCAAACAUGAUCCGGAAGUCACUGGAAAUGUUGGAGCUUGGCCUGAGUGAGGCACAGGUUAUGAUGGCUCUGUCAAAUCACCUGAAUGCCGUCGAGUCGGAGAAGCAGAAGCUGCGUGCACAGGUGCGUCGUCUGUGCCAGGAGAAUCAGUGGCUGCGGGAUGAAUUGGCCAACACGCAGCAGAAAUUGCAGAAGAGUGAGCAGUCUGUGGCUCAACUGGAGGAAGAAAAGAAGCAUCUGGAAUUCAUGAAUCAGCUAAAAAAAUACGAUGAUGACAUUUCUCCAUCAGAGGACAAAGACACUGAUUCCACCAAAGAACCUCUGGAUGACCUCUUCCCAAAUGACGAUGACGACCCCGGUCAAGGAAUGCAGCAGCAGCAGAGCAGCGCAGCGGCGGCCGCCCAGCAGGGUGGCUACGAGAUCCCCGCGCGGCUGCGCACCCUGCACAACCUGGUCAUCCAGUACGCCUCGCAGGGGCGCUACGAGGUCGCCGUGCCCCUCUGCAAGCAGGCCCUGGAGGACCUGGAGAAGACCUCUGGUCAUGACCACCCGGACGUGGCCACCAUGCUGAACAUCCUGGCCUUGGUGUACAGAGACCAGAAUAAAUACAAAGAUGCAGCUAAUCUACUGAAUGACGCCUUGGCCAUCCGUGAAAAAACUUUGGGCAAAGAUCAUCCUGCGGUGGCAGCAACUCUGAAUAACCUCGCAGUGCUUUACGGCAAAAGAGGAAAGUACAAAGAAGCUGAGCCGCUGUGUAAAAGAGCUCUGGAGAUCAGAGAAAAGGUUUUGGGAAAGGAUCACCCCGAUGUUGCCAAGCAGUUAAAUAACUUGGCCUUACUGUGCCAGAACCAGGGCAAGUACGAAGAAGUAGAAUAUUAUUAUCAAAGAGCCCUCGAGAUCUACCAAACAAAACUGGGGCCUGAUGACCCCAAUGUGGCCAAAACGAAAAAUAACCUGGCAUCCUGCUAUCUGAAGCAAGGAAAAUUCAAGCAAGCAGAAACACUGUACAAAGAGAUUCUCACUCGCGCACAUGAAAGGGAGUUUGGUUCUGUAGAUGAUGAAAAUAAACCCAUUUGGAUGCAUGCUGAGGAAAGAGAAGAAUGCAAAGGGAAGCAAAAGGAUGGGACUUCUUUUGGAGAGUACGGUGGCUGGUACAAAGCCUGCAAAGUUGACAGUCCAACUGUUACAACUACUUUAAAAAACCUUGGGGCACUUUACAGACGUCAAGGCAAGUUUGAAGCUGCAGAAACAUUGGAAGAAGCAGCCAUGAGGUCACGUAAACAGGGUCUUGACAAUGCUCACAAACAGAGAGUAGCUGAAGUGCUGAAUGACCCUGAGAACAUGGAGAAGCGGAGGAGCCGCGAGAGCCUCAGCGUGGAUGUGGUCAAGUACGAGAGCGGCCCUGACGGAGGGGAGGAAGUGAGUAUGAGCGUAGAGUGGAACGGGGAUGGCACUGGAUCCUUAAAGCGCAGUGGUUCCUUUAGCAAACUCCGGGCUUCAAUUAGACGCAGCAGUGAGAAGCUGGUUAGGAAGCUGAAGGGAGGAGGCUCACGAGACAGUGAGCCAAAGGACCCUGGCAUGAAGCGUGCCAGUUCUCUGAAUGUCCUUAACGUGGGUGGCGCGGCGGCCGAAGACCACUUCCAAGUAAGGAGCCCUGCCCCGCUGAGCGCCCUUCCGUGUUGGCUGAGCCUUCCCCACCAUUGCUGCCGUUUCAGCAGAGCCCGUGAACAUUGUCGUAUUUCUGGUUCAAGACAAGUAGACCUCAUAAAUGGCACCUUCACAGUCGGCAUGAACUUAACCAUCUGAAUUAUGGGAAUGUUGUGAGCAUUCUCAGUAUACGAAUUAAUGAUCUUUACAGAUACGUUGAUUGACAAUUAAAAGUUAAAUAUUCUGAUAAAGUAAUAUCAAAACUUGA